AUGGAGUACCCCCGCAACCAUAGAAGACGCUCCAUUUCCCGCACUCGCCCCAGCUACAGCAACACUUACCUGAGCCCUAACAGGGUACACGAAGAUGUUCGCAUCCACCGAUCUGCCUCGACAGGUGCCCGUCGCACCCGACAAGAGCGCGAUCGGGAGCGGGUCGAUCGAACCCAACCCACUGCCGUCAUUGUUGACAUCAAAAACGACUCUCGGAAUACGAGCUCCAACAAAGCCCGUAAGGAUCGCCGCGAUAACCACCGCGAAGAGACCAACCAUUACCUAGACCCUUAUGAGUCUGAGGACGAGACUUACUUACGGCGCCCUCAGCGCCGAGCUCGUGCUAGUACUAGCGCUUCCCACUCUCGGGAGCCCUCGCCCCUCCAGCCGCCACCCCGCGACUAUGACCUCCUCAUUGACCAGCGGGUGCUUGAACACAAUGACCACCGCCAGGAUCUCGAGCUCCUCCGACAGCAACAAGAGAUUGAGCGGCUUGAGCGGCAGCUCGCCCGCAACCAUGGCGAGCAUGACGUCCGUCUCAUAAGGGAGGAGGAAGACCGAUACGAAGACGAUAUAAGUGACAGGCUGCGACGGCUUCAGAGAUACGAGGAGCACGAGCGCCUAGAGGAGGAGAAGCGCAAGGCUGAACGUCGAUAUAGGCUCCAGAGGUUGGAGGCGGCCGAGCGUGAAUCCGCUGAGCAAGAGGAGGUGCGCCGGAAGCUAAAGCAUGAGAGGCUCGUGGAGCUCCAGCGCAAGAUUGAUGAGGAAGAGGAGCGCGAACGGGUCAAGAAAGAAAUUCGCGAUGAGGAGGCAAGGAGGGCUCUUGAAGAACAGAAGAAACGAGCCGAGGAGGCCAAAAUGAAGGCUGCCGCUGUCGAGGAGUGGAAACUUGCUGAAGAACGACGGAGAAUCGCCGAGCGUGAGGCAGCAGCGCAGCGUGACAGGGAGUUCAGGGAACGCCUGAGAGUUGAAUUCGGCUACACGGAGGAGGAGAUUGAAGACAUUAUCAACAAGAAGCACAAGAAGGAUAAGAAGGAGGGAAAGAAAGACGAGAAGGGGGAAAAGAAAGACGAGAAGAAAGAAAAAAAGGAGGAAGACCCCAACAAACCAACUUGGAUCAAGGUCCACCGCAAGCAUCUCCUUCCAGACACGUUGAUUGCCUAUCGGCUCCCUUGGUCAUGGGAUGAGUACGACGGAAACUAUAUGAUCAUCAAGUCUUGGGUCAGCGAAGAGCUCCAGGAGGAACUGUUCGCACACAGCCGGCGAUUGCGCGAGGGCAAGGUCAUCGGCGAGAAAUCUGAGACCUUGACCGAACUGAGGGUGAAUGACCGUAACAAGGAUAAAAUGUACCUUGUGCGGAAGAAGAGCCCUAGCCGGCGGUCAUGGAUCUUCACCUGA